AGGAAAAAAAAAACCUUCCGCAGAUUCUUCUCCAUUUCACGUCAUCUCAUUUUUUCUUUUGCGUUUCCUUUGUUAUACAUCCAUCCAAGUUUACUUUCACAUUACAAUCAUCGUUGUUCAUUCUUUUGGGGGGCGCCUCCGUUUCGCGAUUUGCCCAGCAAGCCGACCCAACCUCUGCGUUUGACGUUCUUCGCUUUGGCAGUUUACGCCCACCUCUCGGCAUAACAACUCACCCAAGACAAAAGAAGAAGGAGAGGAUCUUGAAAAAAAAAAAAUGCCGUUGUGUGGCAGCGCCCCGGAGACGGUCGACACGGACCUCAACCUGCACGGUGCCUAUCUGACGGAUCUCGACAAGUGCAUGAAGAAGUUCAACGAGGCGCUGACCUCGACGAUGAACGCGUACCGCAAUCUGCUGACCGCCUUUGAUCAGGUGGGCCAGGUCUACGGCAACGUUGCGCAAACGUGCAGCAAGGAGGUGAGCGGACCGGUGCGGGAGUUCCGCGACGGCAUGCGUGACCUGAAGGACAAGGGCGGCUUUGAGACCUUCAACAGCGAGAUUCACGGUGGAACCACGGCGGCUAUGGAGCCCAUCAAGCAGGGCCUGAAGCACGCCAUGAAGAGCUACAAGGAUGUCAAGGCUCGGCAGAAGGAGUACGACACGGUGCGCUACAGCCUGGACCAGAAGGAGAAGUCGUACUCCAAGAAAGAUAAGCCGCUGACGGAGAGCAAGGACUACCAGAAGAAUGUGCUCAAGCGUGAGAAGACGAAGGAGGUGUUCGAGGCGAGGCGGUCCGAGUUCGGCCAGGAGAUCGAGGCCCUGCAGAAGACCACGGACAGCCUGCUGCUGCGCUCGCUGAACAACUACCUGCACUGCACAGCGUCCUUCUGUGGGCAGCUGGAGGCAACCAUGAACAGCUACCGCACCGACACGAACGGCUCAGGCUCGCAGAAGAUGUCCAGCAUGGACAAGCUCAAGAAGCAGGCGCAAGCCCGUUCCACCGCGUCGACCGUGAGUGCCCGUUCUGGAGGCGACAACUCCCACCCCAACAAGGACAAGAGCCGCAACUCCGCGUCGAACGCGAGUGCGCGCUCUGCUGGCGAUGACUCCUACCCAAAGAAGGACAAGAUCAACGGCAACGGCUACCCAAACGAAGAGCAGCCACCGGCGUUUAACGGCAAGGAAAGCGGCUCAUACCCGUCGGAGGAGCAGCCGAAGCGCGGCAACGACGCUGGCUACCCAUCCGAGCAACGGGGCAAGCAAGAUGAUUUUUAUCCGGCGGAGGAGCAGCCCAAGGCCGACGGAGGCAACGGCAUGCAUUACCCCGAAGAGACGCCUGGUCGGAACCCACUUAGUGAGACCACAGAUUAA